AUGAAUCAGGAAGUCAAUAAAAUCUCCAACCAGUUCUCCAAAACACUCAAACUAGUUGACGAAAAGUUUAUCAAGAGUGGCAAGUUGGAGUGGAGGCAGAUAAGACGUACUCCCCAAUUUUGGAAGCAAAAACUUAACUAUCCAGGAAACUCAUACACAAGUGAUGAAGAGUUCAAUGCCAUGGAGUCACAAUUUAAGGCUCAGGAGAUCCAUUUGAAGGAAUUAUUGGAAGAAUUGAAGGAUUUUGCAAAGACUACUUUGGAGUUAUUGAAAGGGUCGGAGCUAGUUGCGCAUGGGUUUCAGGAUAUAAUCGACCCAUAUAGUAACUUUAAAAAUUCAGCAGACACUAUUGAUGAAGCUUACAAUUCUUGGACCAGGAUAAGUACUUACAAACAUCACAUUCAGUCUAUAAAUUUUGCUAGCCAAAUAAAUCUGUUCAUCAAUAACGACUAUAAAAAAUUAGAGGAAGUGGGCUGCAUAUCGAAAUUAGUUUCGAAAAAAAUUAAUUCAAGACACGUAUUCUUGUUGGACUAUGAUAAGCUAUACAACGAGUAUGAGGUGCUAUGUGAAAAGCAAGAGCGGAACGAACUCUCUUUGAAACAAAGUAACAGUAUUUACUCGAUCAAGCGGAAAUUGGACGACAGCAAGGUUAAGUACGAGAGUAUCAACGCAUGCCUAAAGUCGAACCUCCCAAAGUUUUUAUAUAAUGUACAAGAGGUGAUCAAUGUGUUGCAGAUUAAAUUCCAGGUAUUGAAUGACGAUUUUUUUAGGUUGCUUGUAGCAAAUUUGCAAAUGGUGCAGUCGAUUGAAGAUAUCAGUACCAUCACAUUUUGUUUCAAAGAGAGAAAUGAGCCUCUCUUUUCUGAAAUAGAGCAACUUUCAAUUAUCACGAUCAACCACGCUGUUGACUAUUCGAAAUCGGUACCAGAGGCGGAUUUGGGUUUCUGCUACGCACUAUAUGAUUUUAAUGGUGUGGAACCUGGAGACUUAUCCUUCAAGAGGGGCAACAGAAUUAGGAUCUUGGAGAGAACAGGAUCCUGGUGGGUAGGAGAAAUAAUGGGCCAACAUGGCUCAUUUCCUGCAAAUUAUGUAAAGCUCGAAUAA